AUGGCUACUUCACUGCCUCCCAAAGAAGCCAACCUCUUCAAGCUUAUUGUUAAAUCAUACGAGACCAAGCAAUACAAAAAAGGCAUCAAGGCAGCUGAUGCUAUUUUGAAAAAAUUCCCAGACCAUGGAGAAACUCUAUCAAUGAAGGGUUUAACAUUAAAUUGCAUGGAUCGUAAGUCUGAAGCAUAUGAACUUGUUCGUCAAGGAUUGAAGAAUGAUCUUAAAAGUCAUGUUUGCUGGCAUGUUUUUGGUCUCCUUUAUCGGUCAGACAGAGAAUACAGGGAGGCAAUCAAGUGCUACCGAAACGCCCUGAGAAUAGAUCCUGACAAUAUUGAAAUUCUGCGUGAUUUAUCACUCUUACAGGCUCAAAUGAGAGAUUUAUCUGGCUUUGUUGAGACUAGACAACAACUUUUGACUCUUAAACCAAAUCAUCGCUUGAACUGGAUUGGCUUUUCUGUUGCCCAUCAUUUAAACUCUAAUGCGUCCAAGGCUGUGGAAAUUUUGGAAGCAUAUGAAGGCACGUUAGAAAAUGAUUAUCCUCCUGAUAAUGAACGGGGCGAGCACGGGGAAAUGAUUUUAUAUAAGAUCUCUUUGUUAGAGGAAUGCGGAUUUCUUGAUAAAGCUCUUGAAGAGUUACGCCAAAACGAAUCGAAAAUUGUUGAUAAACUUGCUUUUAAAGAACAAGAGGUUUUACUUGUAGUGAAGCUUGGUCAUUUAGAAGAAGCAGAAUCAUUGUACAGGAUAUUACUUUCCAUGAAUCCUGAUGAUUAUAGUUACUAUGAGGGUCUCCAAAAGUGUGUUGGUUUGUAUUUAGAAGAUGGGAAGUACUCUGCUGAUCAAAUAGAUCAGUUAGUUUCAUUGUAUGAAACACUUGGGCAACAAUAUAAGUGGUCUUCUGCAGUAAAGGUAACACUGUUCGUAGUUGUUAUUGCUAGUCAUUGA